UAAACAAUUACUAUUACAAAAAAGAAGAAAGAAAUGGCCUUAACAGAAGAUCACGUCGCUGCUUCCAUGCAAGCCGGGAAUCUCCGCCUGGUUGCGGACUUUCCUCAAGGCUUCUGGAGUGAUGAGUUUGCAUCAGUUGGGGAGGUGUUCCGUGACAUGCACGGGAGAGAAAUUGAAAUGUUGAAGGACGAAGUGAGGGUUAAGCUGUUGGCUACUCCAAGCUCAGUUGAUGAAAAGAUGAAAUUAAUUGACAGUUUGGAACAACUUGGGAUUUCUUAUCAUUUUGAAGCAGACAUCCAAACCCAAUUGCAGAAAAUCUUCAAUUGGCAGAUGCUAGAAGUCAACAAUGAAGAAUCUACUACCAAUUACUUCAACGGCGGUGAUCAUGAUUUGUUCACGGUUGCACUUCAUUUUCGCCUUUUCAGGCAACAUGGCUUCAACAUUUCUUGCGAUCAUGUAUUUCAUAAGUUGAUGGAUGCUGAGGGUACUAGAUUCAAAGAAAGCCUGUGUAGUGACAUUAGAGGGUUACUCAGCCUGUACGAAGCCUCUCAGCUAAGGUCGCAUGAUGACGUUAUUUUAGAAGAGGCCUUCCGUUUUAGUACAACUCACCUAAACCGCUGGCUGCGAGAACUGCAACAACAAAAUGUUGAGCAAGUCGGUGGCUCUGCUGAUGUGAAUUUUGUUCCAAGAGUACAAGUGGAGAAUGCAAUUAGGCAGCCAAUUCACAAGUGCAUGACCAGAUUAGCAGCUCGUCGUUACAUCUCGAUCUACGAGCAGACGGAAUCCUGUGAUCGGUUGCUUCUAAGGCUGGCUAAGCUGGAUUUCAACUUCCUGCAGCUCUUGUACAAAGAAGAACUUCUUGAGGUGGUCAGGUGGGCAGAUGAGACUGAGAUCAUAUCUAAGAACCCGUAUUCAAGAUCAAGACUUGCUGAAAGCUACUUUUAUGGUGUCGGAAUGUUCUAUGAACCUCAGCACUCUUUUGGCCGAAUCAUCACUGCCAAAACGUCACUCUUGCUUACUGCGAUUGAUGACACAUAUGAUUCCUUUGGAACUCUCGAUGAACUAAAAACUUUCACUGAUGCAAUUGAAAAGUGGAAUCCUGAGGAAAGUCAACGCCUUCCAAAUUUCAUGAGAACUUCAUACAUGGCUCUCCUAAGAGCUGGUGAAGAGGUUGACAAAGAAUUAACGAGACAAGGAAGAACAUACGCAUCCGAUUACUACAAAUACCAAUGGAAAGAGUAUGCAAGGACGAGUUAUAUCCAGGCCCCCUGGUUCAUCAACAGAGAGCUUCCUACAUUUCAGGACUACUUUGAAAAUGGUUUGACUACUGGCUUAGGUUACGUGUCUAUGGCAAUGGCCUUGCUUGGAUUGGAGAAUGCCACCAAAGACGUUUAUGAUUGGCUCGCAACUUACCCCGAGAUUCUUGUUGGUGUGGCCAAAAUAUGCCGGAUGAAUAAUGACAUUAGCUCUCACAAGCGGGAGAAAGAAAUAAGUGGAACGGGGAUACAAUGCUACAUGAACCAGUAUAAUGUGUCGGAGGAGGAGGCAAUGGCAAAGUUUGAAGAAAUGGUUGAAGAUGGAUGGAAAGAUAUGAACGAGGAAUGCUUGAAAUCUAAUCCCAUGUCCCGAGAAACUCUUAUGAGUUUCUUUAAUCUCGCCCGCAUGGUUCAUGUCUUUUACGGGGAUGGGGUCGAUGGAUUUACAAAUCCGCAUCAAGUAACUGAGCCUUACAUUAGAGCCGUACUUGUCGAUCCAAUACCUGCUUGAGUAAUAGUGUUCGAGGCGUCCAUGAAUAAGAGCUAAAGUUUAGUGUGAAAGUAUUUUUUUAUUUAUAUCUAAAAAUAUAGGUUUUACACACAUUAUUAUUUUUAUUUUUGUCUAUGUGUAUCUAUAGGUCUAUCAUUCUGUCUGAAUAAAAUUAAUGUAGCAGUUCAUUGUUCUAAGUUAGAACAACCGAUCACGAGAUAAUUAUUAAAGUGUUCAAUUUCGAA